AUGGCUGACAAGCGUGAUUCCCAGAGAGAAGUUUCCUCGUAUCUCAGAAAGGUUCGUAAACCGCAACUGGAGCGUCAACGCCGUGAGAGAAUAAAUGCGAGUAUUGAACGGCUUAAACUACUCAUCGCCGACACCAUCCGCCAACAGAAGGCACCGAUGACUCGCAUAGACAAGGCGGACGUCUUGGAACUAACCGUCUUCCACCUGACGCGUCUGCAGCAGUGUGAACGCGCCACCAGAGUUGCUUCUGAGGCCACCGCCUCCUCCUACAAUGCCGGUUUCCGUGACUACGCACGGGAGACCGUAACCCUCCUCGGCGCCACCAACGCAACCGAUACAAGCCUGACAACCAGCGUGAGCGACCAUCCCCACGGCGUGUAUAUAGAAAAGACGAAAUCGGCCGAGGAGAGUCGGCUAACGAAAACAGAGAUUCAGUCGUCGUUUACUCAUUUUCAUCCAGCCCAGGACCAGCACAUGUUCAUGUCCACGCCAAGAAGAGCUGAUGACCGAAUGGACGGCCACAUGGAGAUCAGGGUGUUAUCACCGAUCUCACGACUUUUAGAAGGCCAGUGUGACGUCAGCAUUCAUCAUUCAAGCUCUUCUAGUUCAAGCUUCCAGAGCAACGAGUCCGGGUUUUCCAGCCUCAAUGUGUCCUCUUGCGUUCAGGCACGUGACUCUCUAGCAUCUGAAGGCGAAGUUUCUAUUGGUCAAAACACGAGAGACAACAUAGGUCACGUGAUUAAAGACAAUGUGUGGCGCCCGUGGUAG